GUUCUUUUUGGUUAAGUCUGGUGUUGACAGCGGAGAAUAGAAGAGAUUUUCUGCUGGAAGGAAUCUGUUUUUGUGAAUGGAGAUUGUCAAGGUUGCAAGAGGGAUUUCAUUUCUGGAGUCGUCACUGUUAGAUUGUUGGACACUUACAAGAUCAAGCAUUGAAAAUCCACUCCAUACUACUCCUAAGGCAAUGGCCAAGCUGAAACAACUGAUAAAAGCUUACUAAGGAAUUUGAGUAAGAUGGUCCAUGAGUAUGAAGGAUGUUGGAGCACUCAUUUGCAAGACACUCUUUGCACUGAUUGGACAUCCUCCAAGACUGCCACAGGUUAUCACCUUAUUUUCUAGUAUAUGGCUGUGAUGUUGUCUUUCCUAAUGAAGUCUUGAUUCCAACUGCGCAUAUCUUGGCUACAUUUAAAUUAGAUAACAAUGUUGACAUUUGUGGCCAAAGGCAGGUUGAAGACUUAGAAUCCUUUGAAGCACUUCGCUAGACAACACAAGAAAAGGCUCAAAAAUAUCAGUCCAAGAUGACGAAUGCCUACAACCGUGUAGUCAAAGCUAGAGUUUUCACAAUUGGGCAAAUCAUUCUCAAAGCCUUCAACCAUAUGAGGAAAAACAUUGUUGGCCCAUCCAACUUUGCAGUAAAUUGGGACAAUCCCUUCAUUGUUGCGAAAGCAUAUUAUAGUAGGUAUUAUUGUCUCAAAACUCAUGAGGAAGAGUCAUUAUUGGACAUUGUGAAUGCUAAAUGGCUCAAAACAAUCUAUUGCUAGGCUUUGCCAGUAUUGCUCCUUGAAAAGUAAGCACUCUUCAUUUUGUAAUUUUACCAUUGGUAUUGUAUUUAUUCUAACCAAGAAGGUUGAUUCUAUUUAUCUUUUUCCAUCAUAUGUAAGGUGCAUAUAACAUUCUUUU